AUGUCUGCCGCCGUCGGUCCCUUCAUCGCACAGCUCCAGCAGCUGCCUGCCCGUUCUCGUCAGGGUCUGAACAACCUCCGUCAGCGACUUUUCCAGCAGGAGGCCAAGCCCAAGAAGGAGGGCCAGCUUCUUCGCACCUCUUUGAACGUCCACCGUCCAGUCUGGGUCACUGCUGGGGGUGGUGUCUACACCAGCCUGGCAGCAGUCUACCUCACCAUGCGCUACCUCAAGCGUGUGAGGUAA